AUGAUGUUUCGGUCGUUUCCACCAAAUUGGCGUUUCCCGGCUGGACCAGUGGCUGUUGAUCGCGAUGGCCGACAUAUUGCACAAGGCGAAGCUGGAUAUCUUGAGGUAACCUUUGUUCUAUUGUUUCUCAAUAAAACUUGUAAAUUAUUCGCUUUGUGGGCUCUCAAUAAGUCACUGACAAAAAUUGGCCAACGCACGGGCUGCCCGUGCGAAGAUAUGUUUUUUGCAUAA